CCUGCCGCCGCCGCCGCCGCCGCCGCCGCAGUGCUUAGCUUCUCGGGGACAGGAAACCUUCGAGACCGAGCUGCCACUGCCGCCUCCCCGUCCGCCCCCCAUUCCGCGCGCCUGCCACACCCUCCUCCCCUUCUUCCAGCAUCUUUCUGUGGAGCACUGCAGGGACUGGGCCCGAGGUGCCGUCUCCCCCUCCCAGGGGAAAGCUGUGACCCCCCCCGCAGGAGCGGCGGGGCCGGGUGGGGGGGCCCGGGAGAAGAUGGCGACGCCGGGAAGCGAACCCCAACCCUUCGUCCCUGCCCUCUCGGUGGCUACUCUGCACCCACAUCAUCCCCACCACCAUCACCAUCAGCACCACGGAGGAACCGGGGCCAGCGGUGGGGCCGGGGGAGGCGGCGGCGGCGGCGGCAGCGGGGGCUUCAACCUGCCCUUGAACCGGGGACUGGAGCGCGCGCUGGAGGAAGCGGCCAACUCUGGGGGGCUGAACCUCAGCGCCAGGAAAUUGAAGGAAUUUCCCAGGACCGCGGCCCCCGGGCAUGACCUUUCGGACACGGUGCAGGCAGAUUUAUCUAAAAACAGACUGCUUGAAGUUCCAAUGGAAUUGUGCCAUUUUGUAUCACUGGAAAUUCUUAAUCUGUAUCAUAAUUGUAUCAGAGUCAUUCCUGAGGCCAUCAUUAAUCUGCAGAUGCUGACUUACUUAAACUUGAGUCGAAAUCAGCUGUCCGCCCUGCCCGCCUGCCUGUGUGGUCUGCCUCUCAAAGUCCUAAUCGCAAGUAACAACAAACUUGGAUCGCUGCCAGAAGAGAUAGGUCAGCUCAAACAGUUAAUGGAGCUGGACGUCAGCUGCAACGAGAUCACAGCCUUGCCCCAGCAGAUAGGGCAGCUGAAAUCUCUCCGAGAACUGAACGUCAGAAGAAAUUACCUUAAAGUUUUACCACAAGAACUAGUAGCUGUUCCCUUGGUAAAGUUUGACUUUUCCUGCAAUAAAGUGCUCGUGAUUCCCAUUUGUUUUAGAGAGAUGAAGCAGCUGCAAGUAUUACUGCUUGAGAAUAACCCUCUGCAGUCUCCUCCAGCACAGAUUUGCGCAAAGGGCAAAGUGCACAUAUUCAAGUAUCUGAGCAUACAGGCAUGCCAGAUUAAGACAACUGACUCCCUUUAUCUCCACACGAUGGAGAGGCCACAUUUACACCAGCACGUGGAAGACGGCAAGAAGGAUUCUGACUCUGGCGUUGGAAGUGAUAAUGGAGACAAGCGAUUAUCUGCCACAGAGCCUUCUGAUGAAGACACUGUUAGCCUCAACGUGCCAAUGUCAAACAUCAUGGAAGAAGAACAGAUCCUCAAGGAAGACUCAUGCCAUCGCCUUAGCCCAGUUAAAGGGGAAUUUCCUCAGGAAUUUCAACCAGAGCCUUCCCUUUUGGGUGACAAUGACAACUCAGGAGAAGAAAGAGACCAAUUUACUGGUGGAACAGAUGUUCUCCAUCCGGAAUUUAUAAACUAUAUUAAGGAUAGGGCAGGGGACUGUGAAGAACUGUUACGGAUAGAAGAGGACGCACACUGGCAACCCGAGGGAAGAAUAAGUUCAUCCAAAGACCAGGACAUGGACAUAGCAAUGAUUGAACAGCUGAGAGAGGCAGUAGAUUUGCUGCAAGAUCCCAACAGACUGAGCACAGAUAUUACAGAGAGAAGUGUUGUAAACUUUUAUCCUAUGGAAUCAGGAGAAGCUUUAGAAUUACAAGAUUCUGCACUAAAUGGUCAAAUACAGCUGGAAACAUCUCCGAUGAGUGAGGUGCAAAAUGAUCUAACAUUACAGAGUAAUGGGAGCGAGUAUUCGCCAAAUGAGAUGAGAGAGAACUCCCCUGCAAUCUCUCCCACCGCCAACAGCACAGCUCCGUUUGGCCUGAAGCCUCGAUCAGACCCCGCCCUCACUCUUCCUCCUAUCUCCUUCAACAAACUUACACAGGCACAAACAUGGGACAACUCUAGCUACAGUGUUCCAUCUGAAGGAGACAGUGACAAUGUGUUUCUAAGACCUCAGAGAAAUUUGGAAUCUAUAGACCCGCAGUUUACAAUUCGGAGGAAAAUGGAACAGAUGAGAGAAGAGAAAGAGGUGGUGGAACAACUCCGUGAGAGCAUCGAGAUGAGACUGAAGGUGAGCCUGCAUGAAGACCUGGGGGCUGCGCUCAUGGACGGCGUCGUCCUCUGCCAUCUGGUCAAUCACAUCCGCCCGCGAUCCGUUGCCAGCAUCCACGUCCCCUCGCCAGCAGUUCCCAAACUUAGCAUGGCCAAGUGCAGAAGAAAUGUGGAAAACUUUUUGGAAGCAUGCCGAAAAUUAGGAGUACCAGAGGCUGACCUCUGCUCUCCGUAUGACAUCCUGCAGUUGGAUUUUCAUCACAUUCGAAAGACUGUUGACACUCUGCUGGCACUCGGGGAGCAACCCCCACAACCAACUUCUGCCCUCCGCUCCAGGGACCUUAUAAGCUUCUGUCUUGUCCAUAUUCUCUUUAUAGUGCUGAUCUAUAUCACUUACCGCUGGAGUGCUCUGUCCGCGUAAGGCCUGCGUGCGCUUCCAGACGCUCUGCUCUGUCACCUGACCCCUUACAGGGUCCUUCCUCCAUCUGAGCCUUUGCCUUGCACACUUCCAUCCCUGGCAUCUCUACUCUCUUGAGUUUUGAAGCUGAACAUUUACAAAUCAGAUUUUCCAGAAGCACAAACUUUAUAAAUAUAAUGCAGUUCCCAUUAAAUGAUUUCUCUCACUUACUGAAAAACAUUGACAACAGAGUGUGUCCAGACCUCAUGCUUCCUCAUCCACAUGGUGCCAGCAGCAGUGCUAUGCAGUUCCUCUCUGCUCUCACCCAGUGAGCUUUGCUGCCCUGGGUAGAGUGGGGGAAGGUUCCAGAACAGGAGCAGAGGGGAUUUAGCAUAUGGAAAUCUUUUCUUUGGGUCAGUAUUUAAGUCAAAUCCUAAUUCAGGACUGGGCAAUUGAGCUGUAGAGGGGCCACCUUGCAGAGGAGACAGAAAACUAGCAUUUGGGGCCCAAAUUGGUCUGUAAAAGCCUUUAAUAAUACCAUUAUUGACCAAGUUAAAAAAUACCAUCUGGAGAAUGACUGCUUUGCUGGCCACUCGAUUGGAUUCUUCCCUGUUUCCCACAGUGGGAGCCAUGAAGGGCACCCAGGAGGGUUGCUCUCCAUUUCCCCCCUGAGCCAGCCCUCUGCCCUGCUGCAGGAGAGGAAGGGGUGCAGAAGGGGCGCUGGGGAGCUGGUGGAGCAAGGGGCCAUCGCUGUUAGAGAGCCUCCUGGAGGACUCACUUGCACACCACUGUCCGUAUAGUAUUUUUACUUCUUACUCCUUGUUUGGUCUACUCCAAAGCUCUUAGCAAAAACGUUUUCUAGAAGGGAUUUCUAUUUUUAAAUAGUGUAAUGGGUUGUUUUGCUUUUUUGCUGCAUCACAUCAUAACUGCAGGUCCAGAAUGUAUUGGAUUUGACUGUGUUCAUUUUCAAAUAAAGCCAUGAGUCAUGGAACAUUCUUGGUCCUGGUGCUUGGGUUGCUAUGGCAGGAGCCAGUAAGAUUUCUCUUAUUUUGGAAGAAUGUAGUUUCUCUAAUGACUCAAAAUUUCCAUGUAACCUUUGAUUUCCAGUAACAUUAGCAAGCCGCUUUUAUUUUUAAAUAAGCUUAAAGGAUUAUAUAUUAACUGUAUCUGCUUUUGGAACAAUGUAAUCAAUUUGUAAUUAAAAGAAAAAAAAAUUAGAAUCUUAUCUAGGCCAAGAUAUUCCUGGUUCUGGAAUGUCUUUUUCCAAUACGAGAAGGCCCUGCUCCAAGAUUAAGUCAGUCUCUAUGCUUCAAUCUACAUCUCGUUGCCAGAUAUUGUUUGUUAAGUUGGGGAGAUGAUGGAGUUAACUUCCUCAAGAUACAUGUCUAGUUUACUGAGAUGCAGACAGUCUUCACAGAUGGCUACUACGAAGAUAAUUUUAUUUUUCUGAACAUUUCCAUGAAUCCAGGGGACUUGACAAUAUGGAAAACCCACAUAGUUAGAAGAGUAUAUUUAUAAAGAUUCUUUGUUGCUGAAUCAGAUCAGAUUCUAAAACAGGAAACAUUCUUUAUAUGAUAAUAUCUUGAGUUAACUGAGCUUUUUCCUCCUGAUUUUGUGUUGAUUGGUGAAAUGCAGGGUAUAUGGAAGUUAGCUAGUUAACCUCAGUUGUGUAUAAAUAACCCACAGAUGUACUGAUUGCCUUUGGUGCUAUCUUGUACUCCUUGAUCUGUAACACAAUAAAAUCCCUUUGUACAAUGUCAUACGAGCACCCUGAGCCAUAAAUUGCUUAAUAAACACAUUUUGGGUGAUUAGUCCAAGUUUUUAUUGGGCCAUGAAUACGUUGAUUUGUGUGUACUCACAGCAGUGCUCAGCAUUUCCCUCCAGCUCUGUGGUGCAUUGAGGCUUCUCUUUAAUGGUCACCACUGUUUGUUUUAUUUUCUUCUUUAUGGGGGGCAAUGGGGAAGAAGAGAGAUGACUUACUGGGUGGCCACUUGAAAGAAAAUUCUAUCAAUAAAAACUGUGUAGAACAAUUAUGUGAGAUCAGAUUUAAUUUUCAGUGUUGACUUGUCAUUGUUCUCUAGCGACUUUCGUGUUUCAACUCUGGCACCGAAGGAUUCUUUGGAUGCACUUUCAUUUCUCGUGUCAUUAAUGUCUCUGUGCCCUAAUGUGCUGCUCCUCUUGGGAUCUGUUGGAUGGGAUUUUUUCAUCAGGUAGUAUGGUAACUAGCAGAACACAAUUAAUGCAGACCCUGAGGCAAAACUUUGAAUGAACCUUCUUGCCCGUUAUCAAACUGUUGGUUUCUACUCAGAAUAUUAAGCCUCUCCCUGGUUCUUCCCUAAGGUCCCCAUGCACCAACUCACAUGCCAGUGCGACGCCUGCUGUUCCAGUGAGACCAGGGACCCCUGGUGGACGUGGUUGUCAUCUGAAAGGUGGUCAGGAAUUUAGCUGUGUGAUUUAUACGUGCAUUCUAAAUCUCCUUCCUCUCACAAGAAAACCCCCCUUUUCAGUACUUCCUUCCAAUAUCUGAUAAGAAGAACUACGUCUUUAUUUACAUUUUCUUUUUAAAAUCAAAAAGUCCAUUUGAAAUAGAAAGUUCUCCUUUCUCUGGUUCUUCCAGUUGGUGGCAACUUUCCACUCAAUGUCAGGAUUUCCAAAAUAUAUGACAACUAAGUAUUAUCUAUUAGUUCUUUCUAUUUACGGAUUUGUGGAUCCUAGGCAGCUCGCCAUCCUUGGGGAGAUACACUUACGAAAGGGUGGAAAGGGGCUCCUCAGAAUUCAAAAGUAAGACAGCUGAGUAGGAAUUUCAUCAAUGAGAGUAGAGAAAGAAAGGGACUUGAUCUCUUGAUGCUAUUUACUUGUGAGUAAGAAAUUAAAUUUAGUGCAGGGUGGCUAGAGUCCUCUCUCUAAAAUCCGUGCUGGUCCCUGUCAUAAGGGCAAGAAGUCAUAAGGACAAAGGAUGUUUCAACUACAUGGUAAAAGUAACAAACAAUGGAUUAAAAUUUCAGGAGCCUGAAGUGAUUUUGAAUUAGGUGAAAAAUAUCUUAAUGUGAUUUUAUUUCAGGAGAUUAAGUUGUUAAAAUUAGGCUUCAGAUUUUGAAAUUAGUUCUUGAUAAAUAAUCAGUUAGGUACAUAGAAUGUGCCCUUUUUUCCUUCUUUAAGACUGUCAGGCUCUAGUUCCUUGGCUUUUCACUGUGUUUUUGUUUACACUUGGGUUCAUUCAUUCAUUCCUCAAAUAUGGAAUGAGCACUCGUUGUGCGAGGCCCCGUGGUAGGCCUUGGGGAGAAAAAGGUGACCAUGAGAUGUAACCGUGUCUUCAAAAAUUUGCCUUCUAGACCAGGAGUUGGCAAACUUUUCCUGUAAAGUGCCAGAUAGUAAACAUUUUAGGCUUUGUGGGCCAUACAGUGUCUGUUAUGACUGUUCGACUCUGCUGUUGUAGUGUGAAAGCAGCCAUAGGCGAUUUGUAAAUGAAUGGAUGUGGCUGUGUUCCAACAGAACUUUUACAAAAACGGGCUUUGGGCUGGAUUGACCUGCAGGCUGUAGUUUUUGGAUUCCUGAUCUAGUGGCUCUAGUGGACAAAAAGAGAGGAAUUCAGUGUGAUAAGGACCUGUAGUUGAUCGGAAACAAGAUUCUUUAAAAUACAUGGACCGAAGACCUGACCCUAUGGGGAGCGAUGGUCUGUGAAGCCUUCCUGGAACGUGAUGUUUAUACGUAGACCUAAGAGAUGCGUGGGAAGGGCCAGAUGAAGGGGGCACGGGUUAGGGAGGUGAAAGAAGGGGUAGAUGUGUGUGGAGAACGAAGUGUUCUAGAGAAAAGAAGGACUGGAAGGUAACAUGGCUGGAAAGCAGAGCAUCAAAUGAAGAGUGACAAGAAAUCCUCCUGGUCUGUAGGAGUUUGACAUGGUCUCCAUGUUACACUGGUAGAAAUGGACUCUCAGAGUGCCCAGCUGGCAGAGCAAGAACUUGAAGCUCUCUGAGGUUAAAAUAAUGCAGACAGUUUGUUUAGUGGCAGAUCAGUUUAGUGCCAGGACUUGACAUUUUAGAAACAGACUGAACAAAAUGAAAUGUGCUGACCUGAGGGACUUCCUUUUGUUCAGCAGCUGGCCUGGAAGUAAGCCUGUGACUGUUUGGGAGCAUAAGAAACUAUAGAAAGAGGGGAGGCAGGCAGUGGCGGUGAUCUGCCACUGCCGCGAGGCGUUUUCUGCCAAAACAAGAUGUCUGUCCCUCGCUACACAGAGAAGCCAAAUGAGCUGAGUGGCAGAGCUAACACCUUUCACCAAGUUGAGGGUUCUCUGAUCUCCACCUGACGUUGAAUUUGAUGGGACUUACCUGGAUAGGACUCCGAGGGUCCAGGGGUCUCUUCCUGUCUGCUGGGCACAGAGGAAACAGACCUGCUCGUAGAUCAAGGCCUUUAUGGAAAGCAGCAUAAUGUGGAAGGAGCCCAAGUCUAAGAUGAAACGUGUUCAAAUCCUGGUUCCAGUACUUACCAGCUGUGUGAAGUUAGCAAAGUUACUUAAACUCUCUACAUCUCAGUUUUCUCAUCUGUAAAAUAGAGAUAUUAUAUCUCCAUGGCAAGGUUGUCAUGAUGAAAUAAGCAACAGAAAUCUGUAGCAUUGGUGCCAGGCAUGUGGGAGGGCCUCAGAAGUCUUUCAGGGUUAAGAUUUAGUCUUUAUGGCUUGCCUGCCUUUUCCAGCCUUGUUUGGUGUGGCUCAGAAGAGGAGAGGGUGAGGGGAUAUGAGGGAAUCAUUGAUUCCACCAUCAGAGAAGCAAUGCAAAGCAUGAGUUCUCCAGAGGGAAUCAGAAGCAUUAUUUUUAUGCAAGAUACUACUUUGUAGACAGACCCUGCUCUGUGCCUUAAAAAGAAACACAACUAAAAGGGGCUCAUGGGUGUACUAGAAUAGUCUGCUGCCACAUUCUCAGUGAAAGCCACUAAGAUCCUCUAACAAUGAAAUUUAAAUGCAUUUGAAGUCAGUGUAAAUGUACAGCCAUCUCUGCUUUAAUCCUUUAUAUACAAGGUAGGGGGCCCUUCUCUGUCAUUUCUCAUCCAGCUAUAAAUCUAUAGCAGUUCCUUCCCCAUCCCAACCUCUAGCUCAUUUCAGGGCUUCCCUCUGCUGUGGGAUAUGCAGUGACAGGACUAGUGUGAUAGGCAGUGGCCUUCUGGCCAUCCACAAUACCCCUCCUCAUUUCUGGCAGGCUCUCCUUGCUCAUCCUGUUCACCAGCGCCUAUCAGUCUGCAUCCCAGUCCUGUGAUGGAAUAACCAGAACUGCCAUUUUUUUUAAGAUUUUUAUUAUCUUAGGCUAGUCUUCUUAGGUACCUCCAACCUCAUCAAAAGUAAUCUGGAGGCACGACUGGGCUUCUUGGGGGGUCUGAAAAAAAGAUAAAGGCAGAAAGGUUGAAAGGGUACCUUUUCAUGUCUUCUGUUUACUCCUCAUCACCAGCUGUAAGGGCGGAAGGGAAAAUCUCGGACUCUGCACCUGGUUUAGGAAUGAGGAGACCAGGAAGGUGAGAUGCCUGGGAGAAAGGAUGACCUUAAGCUAAUUCAGUGUGUGACAUCUCCAAACAUCCUGUUAGCAGAAGGCUGAGGCCUCAUUACCUUCCCAUCCCUGUCUUGCUGGAGCCGCAGCCCUUCCUGACCAUGACUAGCUUGGAACCUCAGCUCUGCAGACCACUGAGCCACCACUCGUCAAUGGGACUGGGGCUGUCACUAAUGAAAACAUGUUGCCUCUCAAGCAGGACUCAGGAUGGGUCACCUAGCCCCAUAAAAACCAUGUUGUACACAGCGUUUAGGCUCUGUGCAAAUAUUAGUACCAGAAUUCGGGAACAUUUGGGACUAAACGUAAGUAAACACUGAGAUCGAAAAGCAAAAUGUCUUGUUCAAAAUGCCUCAGGCAAAUCCCUUGCUAAAUUUCCAUUCAAGAUCCUCGCCCAGUGUUCGAUUGGCAUCUCAGUGUUUUUCUCACUGAUUUGUUGAGCUUAUGUGUCAUAUAAAACCCUUUGUAAUUUGAUGCAAAUACUUUUUUACAGUUUGUUGUUUAUCUUUUAAUUAAUUUGGGUUUUUUUGACACAUGGAAGCUUUAAACUUUUAGGCAAUCAAUUGAUUUUAUUUUUUCCUUUGUGAUUUUUUAACCUUUUUUUAGCUUAGAAAAUCCUUCCCCAUCCAUUUAUCAGAGAAAAUAUUAAAUAUUCAUCUAUAUUUUAUUGGGAAGGGUGUUUUGGGCUUUUUUAACAUUUAACUCUUUACUUCAUUUUGAACUGAUUUUAGUAUAUGGUAUAAAGUGAAGAUUUAUUUUUCCCCUAAGUAAUGUCUUGUACCAGGAGCUUAAGCGUAAUUAGUAGUCAUUUAUAAUUUCCUACCAAGCUGGAUAUGGACUUGGGUGCUGCAGGAGCCCUAAAAAUGAGGAAAACAUGUCCCUGCCCGCAUGGAAUCAGCUUAGCAAUGAAAUGUGAUUCAGGUUGUUUCACAAGCCCGUGGCAGAUGGUGUCGGGAAGAUACACACUGACACCUGGCUGUGGCACAAGGAGGAAGCACCGUCCAUCCUUGCCUCGUGCAUGGCUCAUGACUCACAACCCAGACAGAACUUUCCAUCCGUUUCUCAGGUUGACAUUUGGCUAGUAUGUUGACAAGCAGCAUAAACUUCAUGCCCCCCUAAAAUACCAUUGAUGACAAGAUGAUGCAGUGACAUUCUGUGCACAGAAUGAUACACAGCAGCCACUUGAAAUAAUGGUUAAAAUUGCUCUUUAAAGAAUGGGCUGUCUUAUGUUGACAUGUGGCCAUUUCAUAAGGUCUGGAAUCAGAGUCUGAGACACUCUAAAUUCGCCACAAGUUAGGGAAGUGGGAGGAAGAGGGGAUAGCAAGAUGCUGGAAACGUAGAACCUACUGACAUUUGGAGGUAGUGGAACAGGUUAUUGGAAAUGUCAUGCUUUGUCCUUGAAAGAUCUUUUUAAGAGAAGAAUGCCUGUGUUUGUGGUAACUUAUGGAGAGUCCUUCACUGAGGCAGCAGGAAGAUCUGGUUCCUCAAGCAAGAGUCACACCAAGAGAAGCAGUUCUGUCCAAAGGCCCUGAUUAGCUUCACUUAAACACUGUGUCCAUCACCUGGGGCUGGAAGCAGAUCCCACUUAAACUCUCCUUAAAGACAGCGGUUGUUGGGCUGUGGAGAACACACUCUCAUCGUGUAGACAAGAGGGAGUGCUUGCCAGGGAGUCUUUUCCCAGCCAAGGAGACACACCCUGGAAGGAGGUUCCCCUAUAUCAGACCAGGGUCAAAUGACAAAGGAGUAAAAUUGUUUCAUCAUGUUCUUGUGUAAACUGUUGGGUUGAGUGUGCAAGGUGCUGCCCUCAGAGAGUGACUCGCAUUGACUUUUUUCCUCGACUAGUAUGUGCUGGACAUUCUCAAGAGCAAAAAUACAGCAUGAGAAAGUAGCAGGACAUUUGUGUCUUUGACACUUUUAUAAAAGAGUCUUAAAAGAGAGGCUAGUAAAGGCUAUGGUUAAAAUGACUUAUUUACAAGGCUGUUCAUAAACCGUGAAGAAAGGAUACCAGUCCACAGCAGGCUUCCUUUCCAGAGAUCACAGGAAAUAAAAUGAAUUAAACCAAAGUUUAUGGUCAGUAGAAGAAUGUGUGGUCUAUAUAAAUGAGUAUUUGAGUUCCUUUAAAAUGUGUGAGAGGCUAUUUGUAAUUUUGCUUUGUAAUAAUGUAAGCUAAUAUGUCCUUGGUGUGUGGUUUCCAACCGACUCUGUGUAGCUCAGUUAUUUAGUGUAAAACUUUUAAAAAUGUUUAGAUCUUUUGCAAAUUUCAGGAUCUUUGGAACAUCUCUCACUUGUGGAAAGUCAUUCUUUUCUCUGCAGACACAGAAAAGAUCUUUGCAAUGGGUGGAAAGCAAGGGAGGGAGCACCGUCUGAGGUGAUCAGACAGGCAUACGACAGAGCUCUACUUGACUCCUGUCAGUGGUGUUGCAAGACUUUAUGAUUAGAUUCCGGUCAUCUAAAAAAUCAAUGUUUUGUUCUUCUUCU